GCACGAUGAGUGCAGUCACCGUGUCUCCCUCCCGGCACACCUCGACCGCCUCUCCUCAGCCACAGAACCCCAUUGCUCUACGACUCUACAAGGCACUCGGCGCGAACUUUGACGACGCUGCUACACGGGAGGCGCUCCAGACCCUCUCCGAGCUAUAUGCUCCUUCGUCAUUCGCAUACCCGCCUGCAAAGAGCAGGGACGUGAGCAGGGACGGCGACGAUGCUCAACUGGAUGGUCUUGAGGACGGAGAUGCACCCAACGGUUUAUCUAGGCCAGCGACCAACGGCGUCCGCAUAGCAGAACCUAUUCCGGGGGAUAUCGCUGCGCGAGCGAGGAGGAACCUCAGGCGCGAUGUCGAAAGCAGGCUAGCAGAGUCAAGUCGGAAGUUUUUGAAAGCGUUCGGGGAGGUGGACAAGCAACUAGACACCCUGCAAGAACAUCUGAGCGCUAUGCGUGUGCGCUGUGAUGAGGCGCAGACACAACUGGAUGAGACCAAUGACGCAUGCAAGUCCCUGCUCGAUCGAGCCGGAAGUCUGCGGGAAGAAAGGCAAGUCAUCACGACGCGCCAGUCUAUCGUUUCGCUGCUUUUGGGCCGGUUUACGCUGGACGAAGAAGAGAAGGAGGCGCUGACAUCAAGAGAUGUCCCGGUCGACAAGCGCUUCUUCCGAGCCAUGGACAAGGCGGAGAAAAUCCGAGACGAUUGUCGUGUGCUGAUGACAGGCGAAGAUGGGCCGACGCCCGCGGGGGUAGAUAUCCUGUCUGCCACAUCCAGCUACUUGGAGCAAGCGUAUCAGAAGAUAUUUCGCUGGUGCUGCUUUCAGUUCCGACAAAUGGGGCGGGAUGCUCAGCUCGAAGUCGGGCCUUCUAUGCGGGAGGCCGUGCGUAGGCUUCGCGAGCGCCCUGAACUGUUGACCGAGGCUCUCACGUACUUGUCGCAUACGAGGCAAGAUACGCUCCUCACCGCUUUCACCAAUGCUCUUACCCGCGGAGGGCCUGGCGGGUUGCCACGGCCGAUUGAGAUGCAUGCGCAUGACCCGCUCCGAUACGUUGGCGACAUGCUUGCGUGGGUGCACCAGGCCAUCGCGGCGGAAAGAGAGUUCCUCGAGAGCCUCUUCGAUGUGCGCGGGGACAAGCGUAUGGUCGGUAGUAUCCGGAGAUUCGCUGCUAGUGUGGAGGAAGAAUGGAUGAGCGAACUCAUGGAUGCGGCGGUGGGGAAGCUGUGUACACCGUUGAAGGUCAGGGUACAGCAGACCGUGCGCUCACAGGAGAGCAGCAUCACGUCGUACAAGAUUGCCAACCUAUUGCAAUUCUAUAUGCAAACGAUGCAGCGAACCAUCGGAGAAGAAGCGAUUUUGUCCAAGGCCUUGAAAGAAAUGACGGAUAUGGCAUUCGAGGUAUUCUUUGACUCAGUUGACAGCCAAGGCCGGUCGCUUCUCCGUGUUCCGCCUGACCUGGACGAUACCAGCCUUACGCCGCACCUGAUCAUCCUCGAUCAUGCCCAAGUGCUGCGCGAAAUCAUGGUUGUAUACGAUUCGUCAUUGCUUGGGGACGAGACCGAGGAACAGCUGGCCGCAGGGUUCAGGGAUAUUUUGGACAAAAUGGUCGACCCCGCGAUCGAAACGUGUCUGACUUCGUCGGAAGAGAAGAGGAAACAUCGACCAACUUGGGACAAGUCUGUCUUCGUCUUGAACACGUUGGCGUAUCUACAAGGCGUCAUCGAGCCGUUCCGAUUCACCGCAGAGAAGCAAGGCGUCAUACAAGGUCUCAUUGAGACCAAAGUGCUGCAGUUGACUGAAGAACACUAUAGGAACCUUCUCAAGGAGGCUGGGCUUCAUGACGUGGUCGCUGCGAUUGAGGGUCGUCAACCAAGUGAACCCCUGUCGCGCAUCCCAGCGGCUCAGACCUCACGGCUGCAGACAGCGCUGCGCGAGUUCUCUCGUUGGCUGUCCGGACCGGGUGUCGUCGAGUCGCCGCGGUUGUCGCAACUGACACUGCAGACUCUGGCGUCACGGGUGCAUCAAGCGGCAUUGCAGCGCUUGGCGGAGGCGUAUCAGCACAUCUGCGAGGAGGUGCGCCGGCCGGAGAACAGGUACGAGGCAGCGGCGACGUUGUUAGGGAGCGAGCGGCCGUUCGGACAAGUGCACCUGCUCUGGCAAAUAUUCGGGCUCCAGGACUAGGGCCAAGGCUGGGCAGGCGAGAGUCGUACCGGGACACGGCGCGCGCACUGGUGUGGGAGACAUUUCCGGGGAGACGGCGAGGAAUUGGCAAGGAUGCAGGCGGUGUCUACGUCAGCGGGCUAAGUUGAGGCUAAUAGGAGCUUUUAGCGAACUUGCAAUCGAUUGGACUCCGGUACGUAGGCUGUCUGGCCGUCCGCGCUGGGGGCCGAGUGCAGGGCGCGCACUAACUCUCCAAGCGUGUGUGGCAUGUGUGUGGCAGAACUCUGAGGCGCCGUUGUGGCGU